ACGUGACGGUUUUAGUAACAGACGUGUUCUUCGCAUGCGUUAAGUUUAAUUGGAAUAGUGGAGCAUUACCAAAAAUGGGCACAAAGAUCGAAUACGUGGACACGACGCAAAUCUAUGCGACGAAAUAUAUCCGGAACUCAAAAGCCAUUGCCGUGCUGUGGGCCAUAUUUACGAUAUGCUAUGCCAUUAUUGGUAUUGUGGCAUUUGUAACACCAGAAUGGAUUGGUGAUCCCGAUAACGAGAGUGCCGGUCGCAUUGGUCUGUGGCAAAUGUGCCAGAAAGAUGAAAUUUUCGACAAUUGUAAACGUAAAUGGGAAAAUAUAUUACAGGUGCCCACAUUUUCGUUUCAAUUGGCUACCCUAUUUAUGGCGGCUGCAGUUGCUCUGGCCUUAUUGACGAUAUGUUUCCUAAUAUUUGUAAUAUUUAUGAAAUCGACACGAGUCUUUCACAUUUGCGGUUGGUUGCAAAUCAUAUCAGCUCUAUGUAUGAUUGUGGCCUGUGGUGCUUUCCCAUUCGGUUGGAAUUCCGACGAUUUCCGCAAGGUAUGCGGACCAGAUGCCAAUCGUUUCGAACUGGGUCUGUGUGGCAUUAGAUGGGCGUAUCCUCUGGCCAUUAUUGGAUGUGUAGAUGGCGUUGUGCUGGCGACACUGGCUUUUAUAUUGGCCACCAGACAUGUACGCCUGCAACCCGAUCCAAUGUAUCAAAAUUCUUUAUUUAAGGGUGAAAUCAACAACAGUUACCUAACAGAUGGUGUUAGUUUAGCAGGUUCACGAAAGAAUCUCAAUCUACAACCAAUUCUAUUGGUUGCCCCACCCGGUGAUGAUACCAUUUCACAAUUCUCAAGUCGAACACCGAAUCAUCGAUACAAUCGGCCGGAUUAUCACAAUUCAAUGCAUCAAUUCUAGUAGUGCUUCAUAC